UAUAAAGUAUUGUGUUCUUUAACCAGAUCAAACGAACUAAUGCCCUUUUUGUGCACCUUUGGGAAGCUAAAGAAAAGCAAUAUGCUUGAGAAAAAAACACGGACCGUUUCGGGAUACAUGGCGGUUAUGGAAAUAAAAUGGGCGUGGUUAUACACGAGGGGCGUGGUUAGUUGUGUGUAGGCUACACAAAGGAGCAGCUGUGGCGCGAAAGUGGCGCGCGGGUGCGGUUUAUAAGGGCUCGUGCUGCUUAUUCACACUAGUUGUAAAUAGUCUUUAUUUUUUUUUCUUCCGUAUCGUCUCUUUUCUUCACGUUUCCCGUUUACUUUGGAUUUAUAAAGCGCAGACUCAGGUGCGCAGACUCUUUCUUCUUUUGGUCGUUGGAGAUUUUUCCCCCCCUCCUUUGUUCCGGAAGUUCAAUUGUUCUCUGUCUUUGUCCUUUAGCUCCUGCUUCUUCUUCUUCUUCUUCUUCUUCAUGUUCUUCUCCUCAUUCCAUUUCAAUCCGGACGGGAGCAAAUGAAACGGUUGUGAUUCCAGCUGUGUGUGUGUGGUUUAAACAUGGAAUGUGAUCACCACCAGCACUACUUCUAUGACGGGAUGGAUGGAAGGAUCGAAGACUUUUUCACGUCCACAGCUCCCAGCGAAGACAUCUGGAAGAAGUUUGAGCUUCUCCCCACGCCGCCUGUGUCUCCUCCCAGGACCUUUCCCACAGGGCGCUUGUUAUUUCCACCGCCUGCGUCCGAGAGGAGCAUGUGGGCUUCGGACGAUUACGGUGUGCUUCCUCUGAAGAAGCUCGACCCGUUGGACAUGUUUGGAAACUUGAGUUCCGUGGUGAUUAAGGACUGCAUGUGGAGCGGUGGCUUUAAUGCCACCAGAGUGGCACCUCGCCCAGAAACGCAUCAGAACGAACUUGUGCAUGUGCACGCUCCACGGAUCCAGAGUGCGACAAAACAGACUGAUGUACAGGUCACGAGGUGUGUGAACCCAGCUGCUGUCCUCAACCUACCCGUGUCACAGUCCAAAAAAACCCCCGCAUCCUCAGGGUCAGAGUCGCGCUCGGACUCGUCUGACGACGAUGAUGACGAUGACGAGAUCGAUGUAGUGACUGUGGAGAACCGCUUGAAGAAGCGAACUCGCACACCCAUCACAAUCGCCGUGAGCGCGGACCCACACGGCCCACGCAACAAGCACUUCCAUAUCUCUCUACACCGCCAGCAACACAACUAUGCUGCUCCAUCUCCCGAAUCGGACGACGAACACCACAUGCUCCCUGACGACGAUGAGUAUGAUGAGGAAGAGCCUCUUGGAAAGCGAGCCCGACUUGACCCGUUGCUCUUAUCUGCUCCUUCGUCCUCCUCCUCUUCUCCGGCCAGCUCUGACUCUGAGGACUCCACCGAGCAGCGCAGGAACUUCCUGGAGAGAAAAAGGCGAGACGACCUGCGAUCUCGCUUCCAGAUGCUCCGGAACGAAAUCCCUGGUCUGUCAGAGUCAGCAAAAUCAUCUAAGGUGGCCAUCCUGACCCAUGCCACUGAGUACCUGCUGCAGCUGCAGACGCGAGAGAGGCGGCAAACGCAGGAGAGGAAGAAACUCAGAGCCAGACGUCAGCUGUUACUGCGCAAAAUCAGCGCCCUUAAAAAGUCAUAAACUCUAUCGGACUGAUAUUUAUUCUUGACGUUAAAGGGGUUAAGUCGAACUAACGCAUACAUUAUGCAAAGAACGUCUAGUUGAAAUGACAAAUCUUAAUAGUUGGUAUUCCUGAGAUGAGCGCAGUGAGGGCAGCGCAGGUCAAACUAAAUUAUUGUAUGGCCUUAAAGAUCUCAAACAUGCAAGAACCAAAAACUGAACUUGAACUGUGUUUAACUGGACCAUAUCUCCUCAAAUCAUUCCCUUGAAUUCAGUUGAAUCUGAAAUUCAAAGCAGAAAUAAAUGUGUAAUCCGGAGAUGCUGUGUUGCUCCCACACUAA